AUGGUCCCCCCAAAUUUCAAACUUCCCGCCCUACGUUCCUACGAUGGCCGAGGUGACCCCGAGGAUCACCUCCGCACCUUCCUUUCUGCAUUUCGGCUCUAUUGCGUCCCCGACGCAGUAAUUUGCCGAGCUUUCCCCAUCUUCCUACAGGGCACGGCCCGAAAGUGGUUCUGGAGUUUAGAACCGAGGAGCAUUGCCUCACUAGAUGAGUUGAUAGAUCGGUUCAUCCACCGCUUUGUAUCAUCUCGUCCGAUCACGAAGACUUCGGCCUACCUCUUGAACCUGCAGCAAGCCCCCGGCGAGUCACUGCGCUCCUACGUGCAGAGGUUCAAUGAGGAAAACGUGCAGAUACCUGAUCAGCAUGAGCAGGUAACCAUAGCUGCCUUCACCAAUGGGCUGAUCGCGGGAAUCUUCAAUACUGAGAUACACCGGGAUUACCCCCGCACACUUCGGGAACUCUGGGAUCGAGUAGAUCAGGGAAUCCGAAGUGAAGAUCUAAACCGCAUGAAGCGAGAGGCUCAAGCCACUCGUACCGGGCAAGAUUCCCGGAGGAAAAAGGAUGCCGGCCGGGCCGAACAAGGCCCCAGCGGAUCGUCGGGUCAGUUCCGAGACCGCCGAAGUGUCUUUGAUUGGAUCGUCAAAGGCAGGUCGUCCACCUCGGACGCCGAGCUUACACCACUCAACUCCAGCCGUACUCAUGUCCUGACUGUGAUGAGGCAGAAUCACAUCGGCCGAAACCCACCUGAAAUUCCGAGGAGGAGAGAUAAGAGAAACUCAAACCUCUACUGCGCCUACCACCGGGACGUUGGGCACGAGACGGAAGACUGCAAUGAUCUGAAGCGAGAGAUCGAGAAUUUGAUCCGACAGGGAUACCUGAAGCAAUUCGUCCGCAAGGAUGGAGGCUUCAACCGAAGAGUCUCCCACCGGGAGAACCGGGGCCCCCGCCGAGACGACCGGCGGGACACGAACAUGCUUUGCCGAGGUCCCGAAAAUCGUAAGGAGGACAAGCCGCCUCCACGCGAUGGAUCACCGGGCUACGGCCCCAACAUCGUCGGGGUGAUAAACACCAUCGCGGGAGGACCAACGGGAGGAGACAGCCAGAACUCCCGGAAGCGGACCUACCGCCAGGCCGGGAUGGAGGUGGCCGAGCCGAGCUCUCGGCUGUCCGAGGUCAUCACCUAUGGUCCCACUGACCCAGUUCCUGCGGCCUCCAGCAAUUACGAAUCUCUUGUGAUUGAAGUCCUCACCAAUAACUACAUAGUCAAAAAGGUCUAUGUUGACCCCGGAAGCUCGGUGGACGUCUUGUACUACCGAACUUUCGAGAGUUUGAAACUGACCAAGGAGCAACUCACUCCUGUCAGAACUCCCCUCGUUGGAUUCGGGGGACACGUCGUCCAUCCGGAGGGCAUGGUGACCCUGAUGGUAACAAUCGGGCGACAUCCAUGCUGCCGAAAUGUGCCUGUCAGUUUUGCGGUGGUCAAAGCAGACUCUCCCUACAACAUGCUGAUAGGCCGGCCCACGAUCAACGCCUUGAGAGCCGUAUACUCCACCUACCACCUGAGUUUUAAAUUCCCAACACCUGAGGGGGUGGCCGAGGUGAGCAGCAACGUGGGUGCCGCCCGGGAAUGCUACCUCGCCACCAUUCAAGCAGCAGUCACACCCCGGCCCUCGCCGAAGUCAGAAGAAAAGAGGCCAGCGGUCCUCUCCAUAGACUGCAUCGACCCUCAGAAGGCAGGAGAGCCCAACAGGCUUGAGCCUGGGGAUGAGGUGGAACAAGUGGUCUUGGAUGAAGCGAAACCUGACCAAGUGAUCCAAGUAGGGGCCGGACUCCCCUCACCCCUGAAAGAAGAAAUGAUCUCCCUGAUCAAGGACCACCGAGACGUCUUCGCGUGGUCCGCAGAUGAAGUGGUCGGAGUGCCACUCGAGCUCAUGAUUCAUCAACUCAACGUUAACCCACAGGCGGACCUGUGCGACAGAAACGAAGGCACUUCGGCCCCGAACGUAGCAAGGCCAUAUCGGAUGAGGUCGACAAGCUCUUGCCUGCCAAGAUGA